AUGAUUAAUGUUGCUUCAUCAGCCUCCAUUUUAUCAACAAUUGACGGAAUUUUGUAUAAAUUUGUAGAAACACUAUUCUUUUUAACCUCUGGAAUUAUCACAAUAAUUUUAUAUUUUCCUUCGAUAUAUUUUUUUUCGCUUUCAUUUAUAUAUAAUUCCUCAAAUGUUCCAAUUAUACUAGCUUCAGAAAUAUUUGUUCCAGAUGAUGAGGCGAUGGCUUUCCCUUUGUGUUUUAACUUUAUUUCUUCCUUUUUUGGAUUUUGUUGA